ACCUUUAAGGGCACAUCCACUCCUCUGGUUUAGUCUUUCCAGCAGAUGUUGAACCUGCUGCAGGGAUUCGCUCCCAUUCAGACACCAGAGCAUCAGUGAGGUCCAGCACUGAUGUCGGUGAUCAGGUCUGGAUCACAGUCGGCGUUCCAGUUCAUCCCAAAGGUACGGUGGCCCUGAAGUGCAAAACAACAUUACAAAGUGUGAAACACUUUUACAAAGCUCGAGACAAAUUUACAUUUUGGAAAACAAAUUAACAAGAUGCAAAACACUUUUACCAGUCCCGAAACAAAUUUACAAUGACAGAUUCUUCACGGAGAGGGAAUGUACCAUACACCGGAAGUGGCGCGGUAAAUUCGUGUUGUGGUUGUGGAGUUAAUGGCGUAAAUAGAGUUUAUGGUGACCGAACAUGGACUGCGGCUGAGGGAUGUUUUGCCCGUUUUGUGGCAAACACAUGAGCAGCUUAACGCGGUUUUGCUUUACGUGUGGUCGGUGUUUGGAGUUUCUAAAGGACGGAAACACCGGGGACGUCUCGACAGCCGGACAGUGCUAAGCAAACAGAACAACCAUGCCCACCAUACAAACAGUUCAUGGAGUACAGAAGCUCGAAGUCAAAAGAACGGCAGUCUUUUAACUUUGGGCCAAAAGGAAGAUUUAAGCCUAAAGAAAGAAAACACGUCCAGAUAAAUGUAGGACUGAUGGUGCCACAUGAAACUGAUGGAGCCGAUUUAAAACCUCUACGAGGGAAAACACUCCCGUUAUUUGCAGACCUGGAGGUAGCAGCACCUGAUCUACUGAAACAAGCUGUACACAAAAUGAGAACAUUUAACAAGGACAUGCACGAAGGACCUCACGUCCUUUUGUGUCCAGACUGCUCAGAGGUGGUCCAUGUGCCUGGCUCAGAAAGGCCAUUCAAAUUGGCAGAAUAUAAAAAGGAAACAGGAAAGGCAAAUUCCAGGAUCCCUUUUUUCAUUUGCCCAGAAAAACACUAUAAAAGAGUGGAUGAUACCUCACACUCUGAUUCUGAUUCUGAAACUGUCAUCACAACAAGGAGCACAGCUGAAUUCAAUCGAGCUGACACUUUGGUUUUUGAACCACAAAAUCGAAGUACUCCCAAACUCAAACUGGAAGAUGAAAGAGAUGCACCAGGACAUUCAUCAACAAUUCGGCCAGGACAGAUAGUAAUAUCUGAUGCUGAGGAUCUGGAUCCACCUGAAAAAAAUCCAGAAAAAACUUCUUGCUACAGUAAAUACACAGACCUGUAUUCACCAAAUGUUGAGCAAGAGGAUGAAGAGCCGGUUGCUGUCAAUGUGAAGAAUUUCCAACACACAGCAAUGGAGGAGACGGGACAUUACAUUACCUGACAUCAUAGCAAACCUGUCGCUUCCUAUUGAUCAUAAGAGAGUCCGCUGGUUCAGCAUCUCAGGGGCUCAUGUUUGGGAUGGGGCAGUCAGAGGUUUCAAGCGUGCAACAUAUUCUGAAACCUGUGAAAUGCUGGUCAGAUUUACUGAUGAUACUGGUGUUCUGGAAGAGGGAACUGACACUGGUGGUCCAAGACCAGAGGUUUUAACUCUACUAAUGAAACACCUAAAAGACCAGAAGGGCAUCGAUUCUUGGUCUACAGUGCAAAUGGUAUGCAUACAUCUAGUUAACAACAGAUGGUGUAACCCUGGUCACGUUACCAUCAAGCAGAGUAUCUGUAGCCCGGACACUGAACUGUUAGCUGUGGGACUCCGGCCAUAUUAUCUGCCACGUAAAUUCCCACAUGC